ACCCCACACCCUCUCCUCGUAAGUAGGAGCAGGAGCAGGAGCAGCAGGAGCUCUAGCUUUUCUUCUCUAUACUCUUCUUUCUGACCUCUACUUCUAUCAUGGGGAAAGAAGAAGAAGAAGAAGAAGUGGUACAAGGGGUGGUGUUGAACAUAGAAACGAUGGUGGCCGAGGAAGAGAAGAAGAAGAGGAAGAAGAAGAAGAAGAAUACGAAUGGAGAUGCCAUUGAAGGAUGUGAUGGGCAAGAAGAAGAGGCGGAGAAAGAACUUGCUGGUGAAAAGCACUUCACCAGGAUCGACUCACUAGAGUUUAAAGAAGCCAACCAUGUCUCUGGAAUGCAUUCUGCUUCGAAGGUUUUGCCAAUAGCUGCUGUGCUGCAACUAGCUUUCCAGAGCAUUGGGGUGGUGUAUGGCGACAUCGGCACGUCGCCGUUGUACGUGUUCGCCAGCACGUUCGCGGAUCGGGUUCCGACCAGGGACGACGUCGUCGGAGCUCUGUCUCUCAUCAUCUACUCCCUCACCCUCUUCCCCCUCGUCAAGUAUGUGUUCAUUGUCCUCUGGGCGAAUGACAAUGGAGAUGGUGGAACAUUUGCAAUGUACUCACUGAUAUGUAGGCAUGCGAAUGUGAAUGCAAUCCCGAACCAGCAAGCAGAAGCUUUAAUGGAUCUCUCCGCAUACAAGCUGCAGACACCCAAUAAGCAUCUUAAAAGGGCUGAGAAGGUCAAAGGGGCUUUGGAGAGGAGCAGCUGGGCCAAGAAUGGGCUUCUCUCACUAGCACUUCUGGGGACCUGCAUGGUCAUUGGUGAUGGGAUCCUCACUCCUUGUAUCUCUGUCCUAUCUGCUGUGGAUGGUGUGAGGAAAAUUGAUGCAGGAAUAAGCAAAGAUGUGAUUGCGAUGAUAUCGGUGGCGAUUCUGGUGGUACUUUUCUCGAUCCAGAGGUUCGGCACCGACAAGGUUGGUUACACCUUCGCCCCCGCGAUCCUUGUGUGGUACGUGUUCAUCGGCGCCAUCGGCCUCUCCAAUCUCGUUCGCCACGACUCCUCCGUUCUGAAGGCCUUCAAUCCCCUCUACAUUGUCUCCUACUUCAGGCAUAACGCCAAGGAGGCCUGGAUCAGCCUCGGAGGUGUUGUGCUCUGCAUGACAGGAACUGAAGCUAUGUUUGCUGACCUUGGUCACUUCUCAGUUAGAUCAAUCCAGAUUGCUUUCACUGGAUUGGUAUAUCCUUGCUUAAUCUGUGCUUAUGUGGGACAAGCUGCAUAUCUCUCAUACUACCCUCUCGACGUCGCUGACGCCUUCUACAAAUCAACUCCUGAAUUGGUGUACUGGCCUAUGUUUGUGAUUGCCAUCCUGGCGUCGAUCAUUGCGAGCCAAGCGAUGAUCUCUGCGACGUUCGCGAUCAUCAAGCAGUCUGUGGCUCUCGGCUGCUUCCCGCGAGUCCGAGUAAUACACACCUCCAACAAGCAUGAGGGCCAAGUCUACAUCCCUGAGAUCAACUUCCUUCUCAUGUUGGCUUGUGUGUUAGUGACUGCCUCCUUCAAGGAGACUACGAAGAUCGGAAACGCCUACGGGAUUGCGGUGGUAGCAGUGAUGAUUGUCACCUCGUCUCUGCUCAUCCUAAUAAUGCUAAUGAUUUGGCAAACCAGUCUUAUCCUCAUCGCGCUCUUCGUUCUCGUCUUCUACUCCUUUGAGCUCUUGUACUUCUCCUCGGUCCUUUACAAGUUCGGCAAAGGAGGCUAUCUCCCUCUCUCCUUCGCCGCCGUCCUCUUCUUCGUGAUGUAUGUGUGGCACUAUGUACAAAAGAAACGCCACGCCUUCGAAGUCGAAAGGAAAGUCUCGACGGAGUAUGUAAGUAGCCUCGGCUCUAAUCUGGGUAUCUCACGGGUUCCCGGAGUAGGGCUUCUUUACACUGAGCUCACUCAAGGGAUACCGGCAAUUUUCCCCCACUUCCUCACCAACCUUCCUGCCAUCCAUUCGGUUCUAGUCUUUGUUUCGGUCAAAUACCUGCCUGUCAACAAAGUGCUCCCCGAAGAGCGUUUUUUUCUGCGCCGGGUUGGGCCUAAAGGGUACAAGAUGUAUCGGUGCAUCGCACGGUACGGUUACCGGGACAGAAGGGUCGGGAGCGAGGAGUUUGAAGGGCUACUUAUGGAGCAUCUCAAGUCCUUCAUUCGAUCCGAGAAUUCGGAAGCCGAAGGGAAGGUGAGCGAGGCGGCGGCGGAGGAGAUCGGGUUCUUGGAGAGGUCGAGGGCAGCGGGGGUGAUCUACCUGUUGGGUCACAGCGAGGUGAAGGCUAGCGAGGACUCGGGGGUGUUGAAGAGAAUUGUAGUGGAUCAUGUCUAUGAUUUCUUGAGGAGGAAUUGUAGGCAAGGGUUUGUAGACCUGCAGAUACCCAACAAGAACUUGUUACAAGUUGGCAUGAACUACUAUAUUUGAUGGAAAUUUGAUCAUCAUCAUCAUCAUCAUCAUCAUCAUCAUCUCUCAUAAGAUAGCUUGUAAGAACUAAUUAACCCUACAAAUUCAGUGUAAUAUGAUGUAUGAAACUGCAUAUGAUGGAUGUUCUUUGCAUAGUAGUGAAAGCCAAGAGGAGUCUACGUAUGCAUGUACUGAAUGGAAAAAGCAAUGAAGGGCCAUUCAAGGCCCAGUUCACUAGAUUUGGAUCGUAGGCUUAAAAAUUUAUUGGUGCUAGGGUAUCAACUUCAAAUUUUAUAUUACAGCAAGAUCAGAAUUUGUUGUUGGUCUGGACAA